AUGCAAAUGUUCUGGAAAGACUAUCUCGACGGCGCAAUGCCGAGCCGACUGGGAUCGCAGAUAGCGCCUGAAAACACGGCGACAGGCGAAGUGGGCCACGGCCUGCAGAGCGCCGCGUCCAAACGCAAGGUUACUCCCAGCGUGCUCUUAUAUGCUGCGUGGGCUGUUGUCCUGGCCAUCACGAACUCCACGGAUGACAUCGUCAUGGGGGGGAUUCUUCAGAUGAGCGGGCCUACGCUGAUGAUUGCUCCUCUGCGGGUGAAAGUCGACAAAACAAGCUCGCUGGAGGCGCUUCUGGACCGUGUCCAGUCCAGUCUUUGGGAUAUUGCUAAGCAUGCGCCGUACGGGCUACGAAACAUCCUCAAAACCAGUCGACAGCCAAAGGAACUGUUCGACACGAUGGCAAACUUCUUGAUCAAGAUACCCACUUCGUCUCUCUCACCUGCGGGAUUAACGCAAUUACCGCAGAGCAAUCUGGGGACUGUUGAAUAUACCAAGCUGGAGCUUCGCAAUGAGAGCUUAGACCGUGUGACUCUGACCUCAACCCUGGACCCGGGGUAUGCACAGAUUCUCGCAGAUUCUGUUGCGGCCAUAUUGAAGGCAUCAUCUGACGCGCCGCUUACCAAAAUUGGAGAGCUCCGGUUAGCAGUACGGCAAUGCAUUGAUGGAUUUACAAACCAUGUGGCUGGUUCUUCGCCAGCUGUGGAAUGCGCACUAAGGCAACCGGAAAUGUAUGCAAAUGGGGGCGAAGAUCAGGCCUCUGUCAUCGCAGAAAGCCUGGAUUACGAACUAGGGUACUCUGCAAUCCAGAAAAUAGCAGUCUCCCAUCCAUCAAAAACGGCAGUGGAGGAAUUUUCCAGAGCGAGGAUUACGUAUGCGGGGUUGUCUAUCAAGAUGAACCAGCUGGCUGGCCUGUUGAGAGACAAGGGAGUCGUGCUGGAGCAAGUGGUCCCGAUGAUGCUAGAGAAAUCGAUCAACACCGUUGUUGCGAUGUUUGGUAUUCUCGUCGCUGGAGGAGCCUUUUUGCCUCUAGGCCCAGAGAGUCCCAGGGACAGAAACCUGGGAAUCCUCGACGACUGCAACGCCAGUGUCAUCGUUACCGAUCGACUAAACGCGGAGUUCUUUAAGGAUACGAAGUACGACAUUAUCGUGAUGGAUGCCCUCGAGUGGGACUCGAUGCCCAUCGAACGACAGGUGGUGCCCGGAUUAAGCCCCGAUAGCCUUGCCUACGUGAUAUACACCUCCGGCAGUACCGGCAAGCCCAAAGGCACGCUCAUCUCACACAAGGCCAUUGUCGCGGCCCUGGAAGGGAUACUCGACGCCACAGUCGACGACAACUCACGUCGCAUCCUGUGGUCUCUAAACUACACAUUUGACGGGUCUUUCUAUCCUCUCUUCCCGACUCUCGGAACUGGUCGCACGCUGUGCGUGGCUCCGCAGAACACUAUCCUAGCCAACCUUGCAGAGAUCAUCACGACCAUGAGGAUCGACCAAGUCAAUCUGACGCCUACAAUGGCCGGACUUCUUCACCCCGACGACGUUCCCACGCUGGAAAUCCUUGCUACGGGAGGUGAACCCGUCACUCCUCAUAUGCUGACGGUGUGGGCACCGCGCAUCAAAGUCUACACCUCCUACGGGCCUACUGAAGCAACGAUCUGCGUUACAACCAAAGAGGUCACUCCCGAGAUGAAUAUUCGGAAUAUCGGAGCCCCCUUCCCAAACACCACCGCUAUGAUUCUCGACCCAGAUACAAUGGAAUCAAUGCCACAGGGUAGCGUUGGAGAGCUCUGUAUCGCUGGGCCCCAGCUGGCGAGGGGGUAUUUGAAUCGCCCCGAAGCCACCAGUAAAGUGUUCCAUGACAGAUCAGAUCAAAGACUCUACCGCACAGGGGACCUUGCUAGGCUGUUGCCCAACGGCGAGAUCGAGCUAUAUGGACGCAAAGAUGACCAGGUGAAAAUCAAUGGGUACCGAAUGGAACUCGGUGAGGUCGAGACUGUGAUCAUGCAAGCAGAGAUAUUCACCCAGUGCGCCGUCAUCGCAGCCACCGUUCUCAAGAAAAAGCAGCUCAUCUCAUUCUGCUCCACGGUAACCCAGACAACAGGGGAGGAUAUAGCAGCAGCAGAUGCAGCAGGAAACUGGCUUCUGCCACCGGAGGAGGCGCCAAAGAUUGAUCAAAUCAAGGAGCAACUCACCACGUUGCCGCAAUACAUGGUCCCGACCUUAUGGCUACCUGUGUCGCAGUUCCCUCUUCUGACCUCAGGGAAAAUUGACCGGAAGCGGCUGACAGCUGUGGUAGAAGGUAUGGAUGACAGUUUACUCAAAGCAUAUCUGCCUCUGGAAGAAGCGUCAGAGAUCAGUUCGGAAGAAGAGCAGGAAUUGCAGUCGCUCUGGUCAGUCCUUUUUGCAACACCAGCCGAGGCGAUCCACGCCAAUUCCACCUUCCAUGCCUUGGGAGGCGAUUCAAUCUCUGCGCUGAACCUCGGCAGCAUGCUUCGUCGGCGCGGAUACAGAAUACAGAUCAACGAUAUCCUGUCUAGCCGUACGUUGCGGGAACAGGCAGCGCUGAUGGUCAAAGACACCGAGAAUGCUAAAACCGCCACAUCUAGAGCUGUCCAGCCAGUCAACUAUGAGCCACCGCAGGCCGUAUACGAGCGUCUUUUCCAAGCAGGCGUCUCCACAAAUGAUAUUGAGGAUAUUUAUCCGUGCAGCCCGGGCCAGAUCGAAUUCCUGACCCAGGGGAAGAAGCAGGAGCAGUUCUGGCAGCUGAUGGCCGUCCGGACACUCCCUGAUGACCUGGACUUCGAACGAUGGGUCUAUUUGACGACGCAGCUGACGAAGAAGAACCAGAUUCUGCGUGCUUUGUAUAUCCACACCGACCCAAACGACCCUCAGACAGCCGUCCAGGUCGUUCUCAAACAUCCCGUCCUCAACCUGGCUUAUCGAUCCUACCGGACGGAAGAAGAGAAACAGGAAAUAUUAGAAGCCGAGUGGGAAACCCUCUUCGAUCCUUCGAAACCAUUCGUGCGAUACACGCUGCUGGUGAACUCGGAAAAUGGCACGCGGGACCUGGCCAUCAAAUUGGACCAUGCCUCGUACGAUGGGACCCUCCUGCACAUUUUCGACGAUCAAUUCAAAGCCCUCCACCAGAACCAGCCCAUCCAGAAGCAUACCCCGUUUAAGGACUUCAUCAAUCAUAUUCUGUGCACCCCGAAACAGCCCCAGCUCGACUACUGGAGCCGCGUCCUUGAGGACUACCGGUUCGAGUUUCCUCCCAAGAUCACCAAUCCGAAGCUGUCGCAGGUGGAAGUUGCCCAAAUCGGCAUUUCCGUGGGCGUUAAUGCCCUGGCAACCUCCACAGGCGUCACGGCACCAAUUGUAUUCCAGACCGCAUAUUCCCUCCUGCUGGCACACCUCAGUGGCUCGCGGGACGUCGGGUAUGAUAAUCUCGUCACAGGCCGCAAUGUAGCGAUCGACAAUCCGCAGCUCAUCGACGGCAACUGUGCUAACUUCCUGCCAUUCCGGUCUCGCGUGGUGGACGAUGAGCCCAUUGAGGGGCUCCUUAAAUCCACACAGGUUGCGUUCUGGGCCUCGACGGAAAACGGUCUCGUGUCGCUCGGUGAGAUCUACGGGGCUCUGGGGUGGGAUCGCACCACGACCACCGCCAGAUGCCUGUUUUGCUUCCAGCCGUUCGAGCCAGCGCCCGCGGGGCAGGAUCCCAUGCGUUGGAUCGUCAUGAAGAUGAGCAAGAACCGAAUGCACUUCAACUACGCGAUCCAACUGGAGGUCGUCAAGGCGGCUGAGAAGGGCGAGUAUGUUCUACGCUUUGGGUAUGAUAAGAGGGCAUUCACGACGGAGAAGGCUCAGAUGGCUUUAGGGUGGUAUACCAGGUGUUUGGAGGGGAUGGGGAAGAGAAGAUUAGUUGGGGAAUUGGGUGUAUAG